AUGAGUUUCAAAAGAGCUCGCACACUGGAGCUUGCUGGCGGUGCAUUCACGGUUGACCCGGAAGCUCAUGCAGAAGAUACUGAAUCGCUGGCCGUGAAUGGACAGAAGUUUCGAAAAUUCUUGCGUGAACGCUACUCGUCCGGAUCUAUGACCGCUGCUGACACGUGCACCCUCGCAUACCUUCACACCGAAUCUGGCGGCCGGGGAGCUGAAGAUCUGGGACUGGACCCGGAGUACCACCUGGGCAAGCACUACGAGAAACCCUAUGUGGAGUAUGUUGCCGUCCCUAUGGUUUGCAAGAAGUCAAUUGGGAGAGUUUCAGUGCAGCAUCCUACAAGGGUUGCUUCGGAUAUGCUUCGCAGAAAGCUUUUAAGCUUGCGGCUUUUAGGUGAAGGUGCUAAUGCUGAUACAAAGUUUGUGACAGCACACCUGGAUGCCGACAGGGAAUACUUGGGUCUGUACGAGGGCCAUCCUGUUGCUCAGAAGGCUUUCGCUGAAGGUUUCCGCCGGGAGCACGUCGUGCCCGUGUCUGUUUAUUUUGAUGGGGUGCAAUACUCGAAGAACGAAAAUUUCCUCGGACUGUCGGAGCUUUGCUCAUGUGGCUGCAGGGGCUGGUGCUCGGUUUUUCCGCUGCUAGAAAGCUUUCGGCGAGAUAUGUGCUUCGACCACAAGGACCUUCGUGUUUGCAUCCUGGACUACAAAGCUGACUGGCCAGCAUACAUCGAGAUCUGCGGUUUUCGCACAUGGUCGCACAACUUGCACCCAUGUCCAAUUUGCACCGUGCAGAAGAAGGACCUUUUGGCUGUCGGGACAAUGACAUUGCACACUUGCCCGCACAAGCUCUUCGACGAGACGUCCUACAAGGAGCUCGUCGCUGCGAGCUUUCGGGGCUGGCGGCUCGAGCCGAGCCCAAGCUUGCCAGAUGUCGGCAACUUCGCGAAGCAAUCCUGCCCCUUCUCAUGUGUUUUUUACAUUGGCGGAAAGCAUGGGCGAGUUCUUCACCAAUCGCCGUUCUUGCAGAUCCCAGGGGUUUCGGUGGACACGUGGUGUGUGGACAUCCUGCACACCUGGCAUUACGGACCAAUGUCCACCUUCAUCGCAUAUGGCCUGCGGCUUCUCCUCACGACGAUGAUCUACAGACCUGCGAUUCCGGAUUUGGAGAAGGAGGAGGCCGACAGGCUUGCUCUGCUUUGUCUUCGUGCCGAGUUGUAG